UCUUCAGUUUCACCAUUAUCAUCCACACACAGUCUCAGCAAGGCCUGCAUUCUCCCCACCAAGGAUUUGAAGUAAUCCUGACAGUUGCUCAGCUACAGGAGGUGUUUUCUCACUGAGGCCAGUGGCUGAAAGCGUUGCUGAAAGUAAGGAAAGCAACUGAGAAACAGCCAUCAUGCCUGCUGAUCUGAACGGAUAUUGGAAAAUGAUUUCCAAUGACAACUUUGAGGACUACAUGAAGGCUCUUGAUGUAAAUGUUGCCAUCAGGAAAAUCGCUAACCUGCUGAAGCCUGACAAAGACAUCACUCACGAUGGGGACCACAUAAUCAUCAAGACCCUCAGCACCUUCAAGAACUACAACAUGGACUUUCACGUGGGCAAGGAGUUUGAGGAGGAUCUGUCAGGAGUCGAUGACAGGAAAUGCAUGACUACUAUCACCUGGGAGGGAGACAAGCUGGUGUGUGUGCAGAAGGGGGAGAUAGAAGGCAGAGGCUGGAGCCACUGGCUGGACGGAGACGAGCUUCAUCUGGAGCUGAGAGCCGCAGGAGUUGUUGCCCAUCAGGUUUUCAAGAGGUCUUAAACUGGCUGUAUCUGAUCUGGACAGUGCCCACCCGGUUAAGAUUGGCUCCGAGUCACAACGGACAAAUACAACUUCCCCUUCAGCAUGUAUACAUUUCUUCAAAGGUGCAUCCAUCAAACUGUUAUCUAUAUUUGGCAUAUGAAAACGGUUAUCUCUCCAUCAAGAAUGCCCAAGUGAAUUCUUGUACAGUACAAUAAAGGGCAGGCCCAAGAGUGUAUCAUGUAUUAUCACUAAAUGCUAGGCUGUAUAUCUAUCUCAGGGUGGUUGAUCUUUUGAUUACACAAGUUUAGUUGUGUUGAACGCAUGCAUACUGCGACUGUAGGUGAAGUUUUUCUCAUUGUUGAGCCUGACAAAUUGGAAUGUAUUGUACACAGAGAAGGAAAGAGAGCAGAAAUAAUACAAAUGAAAAAGGGUUGAUCCCUUAUAAGUUCUCUGAAUGAUUGCGUGGGAUAGAAGAAAAGACACAAAGCAUGUUUGGUGGUUCUUGACCAGUUACUUUGCAUAUGGAAUGGAUAUCAGCUGUAUAUAUGUAUGCCUCCUAAUGUCUUUCAGACUGUCACUAAUAGUUAUGUAAUGGA